UGUGAUUGUGUUCCACUCUUCCAGAAGAGUACGGAGUCUCUGCUCAGGACCAAAUUGGAUGUCGUACUUCAUUUGAAUCCCAUUUAUCAAGAAGUAGAUCUGCGGUGUAUUAGAUUAUAGUGGUGUAAUAAACGGACUGAACGAAGCCAGCCGUCAUGGCGCAGUACAAGGGGGCGGCCAGCGAGGCCGGGAGAGCCAUGCAGCUGAGGAAGAAACGAGAAAAGGAGCGGGAGCAACUGGAACAACUCAAGCUGAGAAUCGCAGAGGACAACAUGGUGAAGUCCAACAUUGACAAGAAGUUCUCGGCCCACUACGAUGCCGUGGAGGCUGAGCUCAAGUCCAGCACCGUCGGUCUGGUGACGCUGAAUGACAUGAAGGCAAAGCAGGAGGCGCUGGUGAAGGAGCGGGAGAAACAGCUGGCUAAGAAGGAGCAGUCCAAGGAACUCAUGCUGAAGCUCGAGAAACAGAAGGAGAAGAAGAGGAAGGAGGAGCAGAAGAGGAAGAUCGCCAGCUUGUCCUUUAACCCCGAUGACGACGGAGAGGGGGACGGAGAGGAGGAGGAGGAGGAAGAGGAAGAAGAGGAGGAGGAGGAGGAGGAGGAAGACGAGGAGGAUUAUUUCCCAGCAAAGAAGAAGAAGCUGGGGAAGAACCCGGAUGUGGACACCAGCUUCCUGCCCGAUCGCGACCGAGAGGAGGAGGAGAACCGCCUCAGGGAGGAGCUGAGACAGGAGUGGGAGGGGAAGCAGGAGAAGAUCAAGAGUGAGGAGAUUGAGAUCACGUUCAGCUACUGGGAUGGGUCAGGUCACCGUAAGACUGUCAAGAUGAAGAAGGGCAACACCAUCCAGAACUUCCUCCAGCGUGCUCUGGAGGUCCUCCGGAAGGACUUCAGCGAGCUCAGGUCCGCCGGAGUGGAGCAGCUCAUGUACAUCAAAGAGGACCUGAUAAUCCCGCACCAUCACAGUUUCUAUGACUUCAUUGUGACCAAGGCCAGAGGAAAGUCAGGUCCUCUGUUCAGCUUCGACGUCCACGAUGACAUCCGCCUGGUCAACGACGCAACCGUGGAGAAAGACGAGUCUCACGCGGGUAAAGUGGUGCUGAGGAGCUGGUACGAGAAGAACAAACACAUCUUCCCCGCCAGCCGCUGGGAGCCUUACGACCCCGAGAAGAAGUGGGACAAGUACACGAUCCGGUGAGGGCAGCGCGGCGACGGCUGUGGUCUCCGAACCCCCGGCGAUGUGCGACGAGAAGCGACGAGAGUUGUACAUGCUAUUUUAUUACCGUGUCCCCUGCGAUACUUCCUAAAGGUCUUUACGUUUUUAAGUGUAGUGUUUUUUUUAUUUCAGUGUUGAGGUAUCGAGAAUCGUAUCCAUCCCCACCAUCCCACUAAAUUGCCACCACCGGUGCGUCUGGACUUGGUCGAUAUCCGUAGUCCCCCCCCCCCCCCCCCCCCCCCUUGCGAGAACAAGGAAGAAUUAUGUGUACAUAGCCCAUGCUGUUACCAUCCAGUGUAAUGAUGAAAUGUAUCUGGCUGUCAUUUAUUGUUAUGAAUAAAAUAAACCUUUCCACCAAGUC